ACUGGGAUAAAGUUGCCCCGCUAGAACAAGGCAAACACUACGUAAUCAUAGGGUAAUCGGCGGCCACUGGGUGAUCCAGUAGUAAGUAAACUAAUGAUAAGUGCGUGUAAUGAUCAGACUUGCAAAUGUGAAUUGUCCAAUAGGCUGAGAGUUGCCGCUGUCAGUCACACGAGUAUAUAAAGUAGCGCCUCGCUGUGCAGCCUCUCAAAUGCCCCGUGUAGCGGCCGCUCUCUGCUCUGCUUGCGCUGCGGGGAAACUCACCUGAGCCCAGGGACAUGGAGAAAGUCGGAGGCAAUUUCAGCACCAGCAACAGCUCCCUGGCCAAGCCGCCUCCGCUCUAUGCUGGGGGACUGCAGCCCUUGGACUCAGGAGAAUGGUCCCUGGUGAUCCCCGGCGUCCUGGUUGCCAUUUGCUUGAGUGGAAUCGCCGGGAACUUGUGUGUGAUCGGAAUUCUGCUGCACAACGGCCGGAGAGCCAAGCCUUCCCUCAUCCACUCCCUCAUCCUCAACGUGUGUGUGUCCGACCUGCUGCUCCUCACUCUCUCCGCGCCCUUCAAAGCCGCCGCCUACAGCAGGACCCCGUUGAGUUUCGGCUGGUUGCUGUGUAAAACGGCCGACUGGUUCUCUCACGCGUGUAUGUCCUCCAAAAGCAUGAGCAUCGCCUGUGUGUCCAAAGCCUGCUUCAUGUACGCCAGUAACCCGGCCAAACAAGUCAACAUCAAGCAGCAGACAGUGUGUGCAGUUCUCCUCUCUAGCUGGCUGCUCUCUGCUCUCCUGCCCCUGCCCGAGUGGAUCUUCACUGGUACCAAACAAAUUGAUGGUUCCCCUGCCUGCAUCAUGGAUGUACCCCCACAUGCCCAGGAGAUGAUGGCAAUCUUUGUCAAGUUCUAUCCUUUCCUUGUCUACUGCAUCCCUUUUACUCUGGCUUUCUUUUAUUUCUGGAGAGCUUAUGGGCACUGCCAGCGAAGAGGCACCAAAACCCAAAACCUCAGGAACCAGAUAAGAUCCAGGAGGCUUACUAUCAUGCUUAUUAGUCUCACUGUCACCUUUGCCAUCCUGUGGCUCCCUGAGUGGGUCUCAUGGCUCUGGGUUUGGCACCAGACCCCAAGUGGUCCAUCCCCACCUCAAGCUUUCAAGGUAUUAGCUCAGAUCCUUAUGUUUUCCCUCUCUUCUAUAAACCCUCUGAUCUUUCUGGUCAUGUCGGAUGAGUUCAAAGAAAGUUUCAAGGAUAUUUGGAAACAUUUGGCCUCCAGGAAAUCUGUGGUGGCACCUGGUAUUCAAGAGAAGGCUACUGCACCAUCUGACAUUCCUCCAGAGAGCUCCCCCUCGCCCAAGCACAGCACUGGUGGUCUUGAGGAGCAGUCUUGUUCCCAGCAAAACUUUGGGAGCCAGGAAAGUAAAGACAAUCCUGUCCUGCCUGAUGUGGAGCAGUUUUGGAACGAGAGAGAAACCCACUUGACUGACCAAGACAAUGACCCUGUUCCAUGGGAACACCAAGAGGAGCAGCCGGUUGGGUCAGGGAACCCAAGCUCAACUAACUGAAAAUGACCGGGGUUCCACUAUAUGUUGUAUUAGUUUGUAUUCAACUUGCUCAUAAGCUUGUUUCUAUUUUGAUAACCUAAAUGACUUUAUGUGACACAUAUAUCUAUAUAUAUUUAUGGGGUUUAAGGAAAUGUAAUUCUUUCUCAACUUCCUAAUUACAUCCUGAAGUUGGGGGGGGAGCAUAAAUGAAUACAUGACAAUAAAAGGUGUUACUCCCAUCAGAUGGAAGAAGAUACUUCCCUAAAGCAAGUUGCCUUCAUGUGAGUACAGGUAGGGAACCUGUUAUCCAGAAUGCUUGGGGUCUUCUAGAUAAUGGAACUUUCUGGUAUUUGGAUCUCCAUACUCUAAAAUCGACUAAAAAUAAAUAACGUAAGCGUUAGGAUUGUUUUGUCAACAAUAAGGAUUUAUUAUAUCUUAGUUUGGAUCAAGUACAUGGCACCGUUUUCUUAAGAAAAUGAAAAUAUUUUUUUUUUUAUAUAUAUUUUGAAUUAUUUGAUUAAAAUGGAGUCUAUGGGAGAAGGCCUUUCUGUAAUUCAGAGCUUUCUGGAUAACGGAUCCCACACCUGUCUAUUCUUAUACCCUGAAUUACUGAUGUUGGGGGCAGAAAGCUGCAUUGAAAUCCCUGUAUUUGCAGCACCCAGAUGUCUCAUGUGUACAACGUGGUGUAUCGUGACUUUCAACAUCUCAAUUGUUAAAAGUUCAACUCUGCCUAUUAAAUUGUAUUUGUUCAACAUAGUGGUUACUGUCUGUGCCUUGACAUGGAUGUUUUAUAACAGAUAUAUAUAUAUUUGCCCAAGUCUUACAUGGGGCUACUCAAUAUACACAGACUUUUUUCAGGGACAGGGCCACCUGUAAGACUAAAAUCAUUUCAAAUAAAAUGAGAAUUUAAAAAGAAA